GCCUCAUUUCGUCCAAACCACAACAAGCAAAGCAAGCAAAGACAGUCUUGUCAACCACAACCAGUGUGCGAGAGCAGCUAGCGCAAGAGCAAGGAAUCGGUCGAUGAGCUUGAGGUACAUGAUCAGCAGGGUGGGCGCGCGAGCGGCGCAGGCCGUGCGGGAGGGCGCCGCCACCGCCAGGUCCGUCAAGGACAGGGCGCAGCAGCAGUCCAUGGCGAGGACGACCAGGACGCCGGCCACGGCGCAGACGGUGGAGUCUGGGACGGGGAGGGCGAGCUCCGCGGCGAUGGCGAGGAAGGCGGCCGAGGAGGAGAGGCGGAGGAGGGCGGCCGAGGAGUCGCUGCGCACCGUCAUGUUCCUCUCCUUCUGGGGCCCGAACACUUGAUAUUAAUUUUUUGUUUUGAUUUCCAUUUGAAACUAGUUAUGUAUAGGUGUGGCCGCGUGGUGUGAGGCGGUUUUCUGAAUGUUAAGUCUGUGCAAAUCUCUGUAUACAGUACUGUACUACAAGGCUGAAAGUCAAGCUCCAACGAUUUGUUUCUCUGUCAAAA